AUGGCAGAGGAAUGGGCCACCCGUGGAAGAACGAGGUCCCCUUGUCUUGUGUUCUUGACUGUGGUGAAGCACUAUAGAAGGAUUUUCAGCUUUGAGAUUUGCUGUUUUGUGGUACACAAGAGGUGCCAUGAGUUUGUUACUUUUUCAUGCCCGGGUGCAGACAAGGGACCCGACACUGAUGACCCCAGGAGCAAGCACAAGUUUAAAAUCCACACUUAUGGGAGCCCUACCUUCUGUGAUCACUGUGGGUCACUGCUGUAUGGACUUAUCCACCAAGGGAUGAAAUGUGACACCUGCGACAUGAAUGUUCACAAGCAGUGUGUGAUCAACGUCCCCAGCCUCUGCGGGAUGGAUCACACAGAGAAGAGGGGGCGGAUUUACCUGAAGGCAGAGGUCACCGAUGAAAAGCUCCAUGUCACAGUACGAGAUGCAAAAAAUCUAAUCCCUAUGGAUCCCAAUGGACUCUCUGAUCCUUACGUGAAGCUGAAACUUAUUCCCGACCCUAAGAAUGAAAGCAAACAGAAAACCAAAACCAUCCGCUCCACGCUGAACCCCCAGUGGAAUGAAUCCUUCACGUUCAAACUAAAACCUUCAGACAAAGAUCGACGGCUGUCCGUAGAAAUCUGGGACUGGGAUCGAACAACAAGGAAUGACUUCAUGGGAUCCCUUUCCUUUGGAGUCUCGGAGCUCAUGAAGAUGCCGGCCAGCGGAUGGUACAAGUUGCUUAACCAAGAAGAAGGUGAGUACUACAACGUGCCCAUUCCAGAAGGGGACGAAGAAGGAAACGUGGAGCUCAGGCAGAAAUUCGAGAAAGCCAAGCUUGGCCCUGCGGGUAACAAAGUGAUCAGUCCUUCUGAGGACAGGAAACAACCUUCCAACAACCUGGACAGAGUGAAGCUCACCGACUUCAAUUUCCUCAUGGUGCUGGGGAAGGGGAGCUUUGGGAAGGUGAUGCUUGCUGACCGGAAGGGAACAGAAGAACUGUAUGCCAUCAAAAUCCUGAAGAAGGAUGUGGUGAUUCAGGACGACGACGUGGAGUGCACCAUGGUGGAGAAGCGGGUCCUGGCCCUGCUUGACAAGCCCCCGUUCCUAACACAGCUGCACUCCUGCUUCCAGACGGUGGAUCGGCUGUACUUUGUCAUGGAGUACGUCAAUGGCGGGGACCUCAUGUACCACAUUCAGCAAGUAGGAAAAUUUAAGGAGCCACAAGCAGUAUUCUACGCAGCAGAGAUUUCCAUUGGAUUGUUCUUUCUUCAUAAAAGAGGCAUCAUUUAUAGGGACCUGAAGUUAGAUAAUGUCAUGCUGGAUUCCGAAGGACAUAUCAAAAUCGCUGACUUUGGGAUGUGCAAAGAACACAUGAUGGAUGGAGUCACGACCAGGACCUUCUGUGGGACUCCAGAUUACAUCGCCCCGGAGAUAAUCGCUUACCAGCCGUAUGGGAAGUCUGUGGACUGGUGGGCCUAUGGCGUGCUGCUGUAUGAAAUGCUGGCUGGCCAGCCUCCAUUUGAUGGUGAGGAUGAAGAUGAGCUGUUCCAGUCGAUCAUGGAGCACAACGUCUCCUAUCCCAAGUCCUUGUCCAAAGAGGCCGUCUCUAUCUGCAAAGGGCUGAUGACCAAGCACCCAGCCAAGCGGCUGGGCUGUGGGCCUGAGGGGGAGAGGGAUGUGAGAGAGCACGCCUUCUUCCGCAGGAUCGACUGGGAAAAGCUGGAGAACAGGGAGAUCCAGCCGCCCUUCAAGCCCAAAGUGUGUGGCAAAGGAGCAGAAAACUUUGACAAGUUCUUCACACGAGGGCAACCCGUCUUAACACCGCCAGAUCAGCUGGUCAUCGCGAACAUAGACCAGUCUGAUUUUGAAGGGUUCUCAUACAUCAAUCCCCAGUUUGUGCACCCAAUCUUGCAAAGUGCGGUAUGAAACUCACCAAUGACAGCAAAUGCCUCCCCAGCCCUCAGCCCUCCCAGCAAUGGGGAACAAUUCUCAACCCUAAAAUUUUAAGGCCAUGGCCUUGUGUCUUAUUCCACACAGAGGCCUGAAAAUUGUAGGGUCAUUAGUCCACAUGGGGUCAACUUUUCAGGGUCUCUCUUACAACCAAGAACAUUAUCUUAGUAAAAGAUGACAUAAUGUACAGUAUCCAGUUUAAUUACGUAGAUGUCACAUCAGGGUGUAGGUUAACCCUUCCUAGAAAGCAAACAGACUCUUGCCCCUUUUUUUUUGGUACGACUUGAUAUGUUCUCCAUACCCUCCAUCUGUGGAUUUUCACCAUCAGGAUCCCUCAACCAGAGAUAUUCAAGUGAACUACCCAGCCCAAUGUGUUGAAAGCAUCUUUUCCUACGAUGUCUUUGGAAUGAAAGGAUAGGGAGCCCAGAGAGUGAACAAAGAGGGAUUGGGGGUGGUAGAAGCUUCAAGAUACCCACCACUUUUGUUCUCUGCCUUGAUGGAAACAGUCCCUAGAAUCUGAGAGGCCAGGAUGAACCUUAUCAUUGUUCCCAAACGUCAUGACCCAAUUAUGGUCCAGCUGUUUAAAAAAGAAAGACAACUUCAGAUGAGUGUUGGGUGAAUCUAUCAUCCAUUACCCAGUUGGUUGAUAACUGUCUUGAUACUUGCAUUCUUCUUAAGAGGCCAAAUCAUCUAAGGACUUUGCUAAACAAGCAUGUGAAAUCAUGUCAGAUCAAGGAUAAACCAGUGUGUAUGUAUGCUCAUUUUAAUCUCUGGGAGAUUGUUCUUCAAUCCAGGGUGCCAUCAAUAACCAUGCCACUACUCAUGAGUGUUGUUAGCCAACCCCCUCCACCAAUAUUUUGCUACCUAUGUUGUCACCCUUCCUAAGAAGCUGAAGUAUAUGCCCUUUUGUACUUAUUUAUUUAAUAGGCUGCUGUGUCAUUUAAGAAAGUACGAUGUAUAGUAACUUAAUCAAGUCUUGAUUCUAGAAUCAAUCCCUACUUGUUGGUUUUCCUGCCUUCUCUAGCCCUAGACAUUCACUUAGAGAUGAAAACCAAUAUGGUUUGGGUUCCCAUUUCCUAUUGAACGACACACCUGGAGCUAUAGAAUCAGGAUGCCUGGAUGCUUAUCAGCUCAAAGAUGUUUUCUUGCUAGAAGGUUUUUAGUAUGUUUUGCAAAUGCAUCAUGCAAUGGAUUUGCAUGUUUAUAAUAAACCUUAAUAACAAGUGAAUUAUAUUAUUGAUAUAAUCUUAUCAACUAUAAAGAGUAUUAUAAUAAUUUUAUAAGACACAGUUGUGCUAUAUUUGCGAAGGGUCAUGUUUCUAAUCUGCUAAUUUUAUGAUUAAGUUUUAGCUGAAUUCUUUGAUGCUGUGCUUCCUCUCCCCUCCCACCCCUGCACAUUGGCACUGUAUCAGAUAUAUUAAUUUUUUAAUAUAGAUCUAAUUUCAAAAAUGAAUGGCUAACUUUACAUGUUUAA